UCACGGGGUCUGUGCCUGUAUGUAGGAAGACCAGAACUAGCUUCCCGACCGGAGUGUACCUCCAACGCGACCAGUCCAGCCCCGCAGUUCCCUCCGCCUUCACCCCACCCCACCGUCGAGCCACAAUGGAAGUGCAGAAGGAGGCACAGCGCAUCAUGACCCUGUCGGUGUGGAAGAUGUACCACUCGCGCAUGCAGCGCGGUGGCCUGCGGCUACACCGAAGCCUGCAGCUGUCGUUGGUCAUGCGCAGCGCCCGGGAGCUCUACCUCUCGGCCAAGGUGGAGGCACCCGAGCUCGAGAUGCCCCUGCCGGCCGGCCACUCUCCUGACCCUCGCCUGCACCCGCCGCGGGAAGCGGAACCUACAGCCCAGGUAGCGCCCCCCGACGGUGAGCCUCCCUCCCCGGAGCCCAUGGACACCCAAGAGGCGCCGAGAGCCCAGGAGACCUUUGCCCGCUGCAGCCCGCGCCCCGCCAAAGCCAGCCGCAAGCGGCGGAGCAGCAGUCUGAACGGCAGCGGGGACGCCGGACUGGUUCCGAGCAAGAAAGCCCGGCUAGAAGAAGCGGAAGAGGCGCCGUCGGAGAUCCCCGAGCGCUUACAGCCUCCUCCGGCUCAAGCGGAGGGCGCUUUCCCCAAUCUGGCGCGCGUCCUGCAGAGGCGCUUCUCCGGUCUCCUGAACUGCAACCCCGCCGCGCCCCCGACGGCGCCUCCGGCCUGCGAGGCGAAGCCAGCCUGUCGCCCGGCGGACAACAUGCUGAACGUGCUGGUGCGAGCCGUGGUGGCCUUCUGAGGACACAGCGCAGGCCGAGCAGUCGGCCCGAGUGCGCAGACCGAGGCGAAGCUUCCCCCGGGGAGUGCCCGCGGAACCGCAGCCCAGAAGAGCCGCCGCCAAGGGCUGCCGAUAGGCCCGGAGAGGGACUCUGCCCCCGGGGAGCCGUUGCCAGCUGUGCCCGGCGGCGGCGCCGAGAAGCCGGGGGCGCGGGCGCCUUCCGCUGAGACCUGCCGCGCCCACAGGUGCUGGGACAUGGCCCCUUCUCCCUCUGGUAGAAGGGCAGGCGUAUUUCAUUCCUCAGGGUCGGACGUGUAAUGUGUGAUGGUUUUUGUUUGUUUUUUCACCGGAACUGUGCUGCCCAUUCAAGAAUCCCCAGUAGCGGGUCUUUACGUUUCAGCCUUAGACUUCCAGCCGCUUCCCUUCCCCCUCCCUGACAUACUUGGGCACGCGGUCAUCGUUGCGUCAUGGGGCCGACGUGGGUCGCUUCCUGUUGCCUGGCGUGGGUGUGGGCCUGCCCAGGGAGUGGGAGGAAGGCGGCCUGAGUCACCUCGACCCAGCGCCUUAGGUUGGUGGCCUCGGGUUGGGGUGGGACUGAUCCCAACCCGGUGAAAAUUGAGCAUCUGGGGCCUUAGAGGUUAGGGGUCGCGCUCUCAGAUCCACAGCCCACCUCGUCCCGCCCGAUCUGAAUCGCGGCGGUGGGGUGGGCGGCACAGCAUGUGAGCUGGGACCUCCACUUGCUGGUGCGACCGGCCCUAGUUUGAGGAGGCGGGAGUCUUCGCUAAGGCCUUUGCCGUGGUGGAUUCUCUUAACGCCAUUUAUCCGGCGUUUUGUUACAAAUGUCAGAUUGGUAAAUAAAGACCGUUUGAAUAAA